GACGAAUUCAGCCUAGCUCUGUUUAUAAUCGUUCGCAGUUACGUAUUUAGCAAGAAAUUAGCAAGAUGGCUGCGAAGGCUUCCGCUUUCGCCUCGUUCUUUUCAAAGGAUAAGACGUUUCGUCCUAAGAAAAGAUUUGAUGUUGGUACUAUGAAAUAUAGUUUACACAAGCAGGCCAAUGCUUCAUUAAAUGCUGGAAUAGAUUUAAAAGAAGUUGUAAAAUUACCACCAGGUGAAGAUGUUAAUGAUUGGAUUGCUGUUCAUGUUGUUGAUUUCUUUAACCGAAUAAAUCUGUUAUAUGGAACAGUAUGUGAGAAUUGUACAGAACAGUCAUGUCCUACCAUGAGUGGUGGACCAAAGUACGAAUAUCAUUGGUGUGAUGGUGAUAGGUAUAAGAGACCGACAGCCUUACCAGCUCCACAGUAUAUAUCAUUAUUAAUGGAAUGGGCUGAAAGCCAGAUAAACAAUGAAAAUAUCUUUCCUGUCACAGUUGGUGUUCCUUUUCCCAGAAAUUAUCUUCAGUCAUGUAAAAAGAUAUUGACGAGAUUGUUCCGAGUUUUUGUACAUGUUUAUAUUCACCAUUUUGAUAAACUUGUAGCAAUUGGAGCAGAAGCUCAUAUUAACACCUGUUAUAAACACUUCUAUUACUUUGUUACUGAAUAUAACUUAGUGGACAAGAAAGAACUUGAACCUCUGAGGGAUAUGACAGAAAGAAUAUGUCACUAGACUUCCAUCAAGCAAUCUAGUUUUAAACCGAAGUAUUUAUUACUGCUGCUAUAGUAACAACAUGGUGGUAAGCAACAGUAACCAUAGAAACCAUGUAUAUAGAGAAGACCAGCCUGUUGUCUUUACAUAUCUGUGAUCUCUGAAUUAUAAUCAUACUUAGUAACAAAUCUUAAUCAAAUAAUGUCUGAACAUCAUCUUAUUUCUUUCUUUGACGUUUUACUAUCGUCAAAAGUUAAUACACCUAUCUAUAGUUUUCUUGAUCCGUAAUGGUGGCAAAAAAUGUCCAAUAUAGGGUCCAUUUCUUUUUUUUUUACUACAGUAGAUCUGAAAGUAAAGUUCUUGCCAAAGAUAUUUAAUUGAGUGUUAUGUGUAAUAAUAUGAAUAUUGUUGCCAAACUAUUGACUGUGAUUUUUCAACUGUUAGUCAUGACCGUAUAGAGUCAACUAUGAAGACAAGGGUUAUUACUCGACUGUUAUUUCCUAAGCUUUCAAACUCUUAAUAUAAUGUAUAGAAAUAAAACAGGUGUGCAGCUGACUGACUAAACCUCAACAAAAAUCUAAGAUAAAGAAAUUUGUUGGUUGAACUUCUCUCUCAUUUAAAAAACAAUCUUAAUCUUGUAUGGAUAAUACUCAUGUUAUGAGCAAAAAUAUUACCAAAUUUUGUCACCUGAAACUUGAUCAAAAGUGGUUGGUAUUUGAUAUACAGAUAAUAUUUCAAAUAGAGUUUUACUACUUACAUUAGGGCUUGACUAUAAUGCAGAUGUUAGGGUCCGCUAUAAGGUCCAAGUGUAUACAUGUUAAUACCCCUAGGCUGGUGUAAUCUGUAUAUUUUAUUCACCUAUGAUAUAUUGUAUCGCCAUGAUGCAAAACAUUAAAAAUGGCUAGAUUGCUCAUAUAUAUAUGUCAUAUAUAGAAAUCUAUGUAUAUUAUAAUCAUCGUUUUAAUUGUUUAGUUUGAACAUACUUGUUACAAGAUUGAAGAUGAAUUUCUUUUAAUAGUCAAGAUGUUUAUGUAUCAAUAGAUUUAAUUGUUUUCUUAGACACAAAAAAACAAAUGUAUGCCAAUGUAGAUACAUGAAAAUGUAUUUUGGUCACUCUGGAUUUAAGUUGGUGUUAAGGAUUAAAGGAGGUUGUUCCUUAAAUAUUGUAUCAUUUGAAUUUGUGCUUUGUUUGUGUUUAUGUCUUCGCAUACAAUUAAAUCUCAACUUUAUUUGCAAACAGAGAAAAUCAGGUUUUUGUUUUUUAAAAAUUUUUUUGAAAAGAUAGUAUUUUAGUAAAUAACUUUAAGAGGCAUUAGAAUGUUCAACAAGAAAAUGAAUGUAAUAAAUUUUUUAGAAUAUUAUAUUCAAAAUAACUCGGAUAAUUAUUGAAAAUGAAGAACUGGCAUACAUGUACUUACUUGAAAGCAUUGUUGAAUGUAGGCUAUGAUGCGUACCUGUACAAAAUCUUAAAAUAUCUCUUAACUCAGCAAUGGUGGAUUGGCAGGUCUGGCUGAAAUUUUUCAUGCUAUCUAAUUUUUCACCCCUGAUUGGUGAAGAUAUUCAAAUUUCUAAUGCCUCUUUAAUUGUUAUUUUAAUAAAAUGCUAAAUUUGUUUAUUAAAUUAAUGUCAAUGUCCCAUUAAUAAAUUUGAAAGAAAAUUCAUCCAAAUGUAUUAUGUCAUAUCCCAGUUUCAUAUAUCAUUUGUAAUCCUAUAUUAUUAUAGACUGUUUAUCUUUUUUUAUAUGUAUUGAGGUAGUUAAUAUAGAGGGCUUUUGUUUCAUCGAUUUAUACUGGUCAUUAUCUAAUUAAUAGUGCAAAUGACUGAUAGAGUAAUAGCUGAUUAGAUCAACACAUAGUAAACCCAUAACAUUGUUUGUGUUAUUUGUAAAAAUUUAAACUAACAAAAAAAUGCUUAUUGAGAAAGCUUUGACUUAAGUUACAAAAUUUUGUUGUACAUUUGUAUUUGAUAUCUAAAUUAUCUGAUUUUUAACCUGAAAAUAUUGUAUAUGGAUAGGUUUUGAAACAAAAUCCCUAAUUAUGUGGUAUUUAUAUUUGUAUUGUGUUAUUACUAGUCUAUGUGGCCAAUAUUUCAGCAUUGAAAAGCAGGGAAUACAACCUCACAACGCAAAUGAUUGUGAGUAGGAUGUAAAUGGUAUUUUCUACUAUAAAAAACGUGAACAAGAACAAAUUAGAUUAAUCAUGCGAUUAUAGAAAUAGUUUGAUUUUAAAAGCCAAAUUUCUUCAACUUACCUCAUCACUUUAAGAAUAUAAAGAGUUAAAUUUUAUUCACAUGUAGAAGUGUCCAUUUUUUUAACGACUGAAAUAGUUUGGCCAUGUCCCAUUUAUAUUGUAUACAUAUGUUAUAUCACUUUCCAAACUAAUUUCUGUAUGAAGAUUUUUUGAUAAUUAUUUUACACUUUAGUUUUCUAUUGAACUAAUAAUCUAAUAACUAAAUAAAGGGUUUAUGGGAUUUUUCUUGACUACUUAUUUAUUUUUCUUGAAUAUUUUUCUGGAGUAAUAUAUGUAUAUCAACUGUAGUAUAAAUAUUAUUUUCAUUGCUUGUUUUAGCUAGAGCUUUUAUAUUAAGAAAUGCAUUAUGUUUAUUUCAGAGCAUAAUUGAUACAAAUGUGGUAGAAACUUUGUAUUUAAUUUAUAUAUUAUGUAAUAUAAAUAGAUAUGGAAUUUUGUCUGUUAGGCUUGCCAGGUAUAUCCCGCUUUUUUAAUGUCAAAAAAGAAACUUUUUCUAUUUUUCUCUUUAGGUAACUAAUUAAGAUAUAUGUAUAAUAAUGAUUAUUAAUAUUUUUUAAAAAAUAACGUUCAGCUAAGACAAACAGAAAAAUAAUUGAUUGAUCAUUAUUAUUUUGAAUCUGUACUUUCAUUGAUUAGAAUGAUCUUUUAUAAAUAAGGCUCAUUUGGAUGUUUGUGUAAAUACACAGAUAGUCAUGUCUUUUUUAAAACAGAUUUAUACUUAGAAAAUGGAAAGGUACUAUUAAAAAAAACCCUCUUGAUAUAACAAGAAUUAAUAAUACGACACUGUUUAAAAAAAACAAAACAACUGAAGUAAAAAUAAUUAGUCAUUAUAUCUAUAAUUAUUAAAGUUCCAAUGAGCCAGAAUAAAGAUUGAAGCGUGGGUUUUCAGACCAUUACAAUUAAAAGUACUUCUAUUAAAGAAAUGUUUUGGUCCAAAAAUUAUUCAAAUGUCUCCAGAAAUUAAGUUAUGAUCAUUUAAUUUUGAGAUUGAUUUCUGUUUAUUUCACAUUGUCCUCUUUAUGUGUCUUCAUAAAGUCUUAUCUUUAUCGCUCAAGCCAGUCUGUCCUUCAUAAAGGUUACUUCAGUUCAGACUCAGAUUACAAAAUAACAAGAAGGAUUGUUACAUUAAAAUAGUAUCCUACCUAUUUAUGAUUUGUGCGAUAUGUAAAUAAUCUGACUUGUUCUGUCUUUAAGAUGCAAGGAUAAGUAGACAACUAUUUAUAAAUCUAGAUAAGAAAUUUUUAGAGGAAUAAAGAUUUGCUAAAAUGUCACGGGCAACAAGACAUUGAUUCUGAAUUAGUUUAACCCAAUAAAGUUGUCUGUCUUAACACUGUAGAAAGAAAUAAUCCUUUCUUUACAAGGCAACUGGUGUUUAUUAAGUCUUCAUUAAUCAGAGUUAUCUGUUCACAAAGGGGGUGUAACUCCACGGUUUAAACUCGAUGGACUAAUAGUAAAGUAGAUCACUGUUCUUAUACAAUGAUAAAUGGUAGGAAAGAAGAUCUAGAGAUUUUUUUCUCUUAGUUAAAUGGGUGUCUGGACAACACUAAACUCUUACACGGUUACUAGAACCGCAUUCAAUACCAAAUUAUUGACCAGACUACCGUUAUUCAUGAUCAGUUGCACAAUAGAACAUUGGUGGGAGACUAAUGGUAUUCCCUACUCUCAUCCAGUUAUAUUCUUCUAUUUGUUAUAAGUAUUUUGUUUAAGAGCACUAUUUUUCGUUAUUUCGCCUUUUCUAAGAAUAUACAGUUAUCCCUAGAUCACCAAUAAUUGUAGUGUCGCAGUUGUAUUUAUCACAAAAGCUAACAGAGAAAAUUUGGUUUUAAUAAUAUAUUUUUCUAGUUUUUUUCCAUGGGUUAAAGUAAUAGAAUUUAGAAUAUUUGCUUUAGAGUAAGGUGGGCAGGUUUUUUGGGUUAAAUUCUGGAUUUAUAUUUUAAAUAUUUAAUUAACAAAAUAUAAUUGUGCCUGGUGCAUAACCUCACUAUUUUAUGAGAUUAUAUACGGCAAAUGGUUGCCCAUAUUACAGGUAUUAAUCAUACAUUUACAUGGAGAUAUUUUUAGGGCAGAGUAAACACAUUUGCUGUGGUCAAAAUAUAUCACAAUCGUCUCAUUAUGUUUUUAAAUGGUCAAAACCUAAUGCUUAUAAUAGAAUCAUCAUAAUGUCAAUUGAAUUUUAUAAUGCAAUGUCUUUGUAAUUAAAUGUAAUAGUCUUAUUUGAGAUAUUGGUAUUAAAUAUGGAAACCCCAUGAGAAGUCAAAUAUCGUGUAACAUAACGGACUCUGUUUAGUGCUGUGUGAUAUUUCAUUUUUUGUAGAUUUUAUUUUCUUGUAGCUCAUAAAAUUUUGCUCCAAAAUAUUAGAAAUGCACUAGAAAGUCUUUUAGUUUUCUUGGUUUGGCAAAUAAAUUUGAUUUAUUAA